AUGUCACAAGAUGACUUUCCCUGGGACAUUGGCGUCCAUGAUGCCCAUUGUCACCCUACCGAUACCAUGGCGGCGGUGGCCAGCAUCCCCGCCAUGAAAGCCAAAACAUUGACCGUCAUGGCCACGCGCGGGGAAGACCAAGAGCUCGUGCAGCAGAUAGCCGAGUCACUCAAUGGCAAUGAAGCUCACAAGGUACUACCUUGCUUCGGAUGGCAUCCGUGGUUCUCACACCAGAUCAUGGACGACUCACCAUCAAGCCCGGUGCAAAAAGAAGCCCACUACAAAGCCGUUCUUACGCCGACACCCGAUGAUCCAGAGUUCAUCAAGCACCUUCCAACACCAAAGGCACUCUCAGCUCUGAUAUCGGAAACACGAGACCGCCUACAGCAGUUCCCCAAUGCCCUUGUAGGUGAGAUUGGGUUAGACAAGUCAUUCAGACUACCCGGCUCCUGGACACCGCAAGACCUGGAAAACCGAGACGCCCAGCUCACGCCAGGAUCACGCGAAGGACGUCGUCUAUCACCAUACAGGGUGAAAAUGGAGCACCAACGAGCCGUACUAGGCGCGCAGCUCCGUCUUGCGGGAGAAAUGGGCCGCGCAGUCUCCGUACACAGCGUCCAAGCACACGGCGCAGUCCUAGAAACAUUGAAAGAACUCUGGGCCGGCCACGAACGAAUCGUGAUGUCCCGACGAGAAAGGGAGCGACAACAAGACGCAGAAGGGGCACUUUCCGACGACGAGAAAGAAAAAGAGAAAGCGCGUAAAUCCAGUAACCGCUCAUCUGCUCCGUUCCCUCCCCGGAUCUGCAUGCAUUCCUACUCCGGGCCUGUUGAGCCGAUCCGUCAGUUCCUGAACAGGGCGAACCCAUCGGAUGUCUACUUCUCUUUUUCCGCGGCGAUUAAUUUCAGCGGGCCGCAGGCGAAGAAGGUCUGUGAUGUGAUUAGGGCCUUGCCGGAUGAUCGCGUUCUGGUUGAAAGUGACUUGCAUGUGGCCGGGCCGCAGAUGGAUCACUUGCUGGAGGAAGUGACGCGGCAGAUCUGCGAUUUGCGAGGGUGGGAGUUAAGGCAUGGAGUGCAGCUGCUUGCGGAUAAUUGGAAGCGGUUUGUUUUUGGCUAA